CCUUUAUCCGCCACGCCUUCUUCCCAUCAGCUCUCUGGUCCACACUCCCCUGCCCUCACCCUCUCAACUCUUCUUCCUCCUUCCUUCCCUUCUCUCUCUCUGUAUUCUCUUCCUAUAUAUAAAUACACGCACAUAAAACGCCUCCAUUAAUCCUUCUCCCAUUUCCUUGGCCCUCUUCUUCUUCCCCUUUCUCCCGGAUUCCCCAAUUCCCCCUUUGUUCCCGGGUUUCCGGCCGGCGAUUACAGCUCUGUUUAAUUCAACACAGUUGGUAAGUUACCCAGAUCGUUUCCAUCAUGCCCUUCUGCGAGAUUUCAAAGUAUCAACAGGAUUCCCCUUCUCCCGCCGGCGCCGACGACAAUGGCGUCAAGAUUUUUUACCGGACGUACGGUCGGGGACCAACCAAAGUUCUGCUCAUCAUUGGAUUGGCGGGGACGCAUGAUUCAUGGGGUCCUCAGAUAAAGAGCCUUGCCGGUACUGUCAUCGCCAAUAACGAAAUGGAGCCGGUUGACCUUGCUACCACCGCCGGCGACGGUAUUGAGGUUUGUGCUUUUGAUAAUCGUGGAAUGGGCCAGAGCUCCAUCCCCGUUGAACGAUCCCAAUAUACGACGACAAUCAUGGCGAAAGAUGCAAUUGCGUUAAUGGAUCAUUUAGGCUGGGAAAAAGCUCACGUCUUUGGGCACUCAAUGGGGGCUAUGAUAUCUUGCAAAUUGGCUGCGUUGGUGCCAAAUCGAGUCCUUUCGUUGGCAUUGCUUAACGCCACCGGUGGAGGAUUUGAAUGCUUACCGAAGCUUGAUCGUCGAACAAUGUCGGUAGCAAUCCGAUUCUUGAAGGCAAAGACUCCAGAGCAAAGAGCUGCUGUUGAUCUGGACACCCAUUACACCAAGGAAUAUCUGGACGAAUGUAUUGGCUCCAGCACUAGACGGCAGAUUCUGUAUCAAGAGUAUGUGAAAGGUAUAUCAUCUACUGGGAUGCAGAUGAAGUACGGCUUUGAUGGUCAAAUCAAUGCAUGUUGGACACAUAGGGUGACGAAAUCAGAUGUAGAAGCAAUUCGGAGUGGUGGUUUCCUUGUGUCGGUCAUUCACGGCAGGUAUGACAUCAUUGCACAAAUAUAUUACGCAAGGAGACUCGCCGAGAAGUUGCAGCCAAUUGCUAGGAUGGUUGAUCUCCAUGGUGGCCAUCUAGUGAGUCAUGAGAGAACCGAAGAGGUAAACCAAGCUCUUGCUGAAUUGAUCAAGGCUUCGCAGGCAGGAACCAGCCCCGAGGACUGGACGAACCUAGUCCAGGAAAGCUCCGGGUGGUUGCUGGGGAAGAAAUCAACAGAUAGAAAAAAGACCAAAGAAGGUUGGGCGCCCGAAUCUCGGUCAACAUCAUCUGGCAUCAUUACAACAAGACUAUAUUCUUCGCUUGUGUAUUUACUUAGUCUGUUUGUGUUACUAUUUGAAUUCAUGAGGAAAGGUCAUAGAAGCCUAAGACCAGCCAAAGUUGGACCUACCCUCACGUAACAGAGCUUUACCAUCCAAAAGAGACCCCUCCUUCCAAUGUUUUUUCAUCAUUGCAGGUAAAGUUCAUACCUUUAGCUAGCUUCUCACUUAAUUGCUCGGCUAAUUAGCAAAUGAUCACCUUGAUCCAACUCGUACAUUGAUGCCGUGCAGGAGGGGUUACCAGAACCUGUGUUGUUUUUCUUACAUAGCUCGUUAACCGGUGGUUAAUCCCGAAACAGAGGAUGAGAGCAAGGAAUGGGAAGAGGUGAUGGAAGAGAGCUAUGGUCCGACGCCACCAGCGAAGGCAGAGAUUAUCUUAUGUAAAGCUCCGACGCCCUCCACUUGGUGUACAUAAACGGAAACACAGAGACGAGAGAUGUACAAGAUGGGAAACCAGAGGAAGAAUAUAUACAUGCAAAGUUGAAUUUUUAUGAAAGACAUUGAACAACACUCACAGUGUAACGUACAGUUGAUUGAUUGUGUGAGAAUUGAUGAAGCAAAUCAAGCAACUAUAUGUAUCUGAUCCAUUUUGUGGGGAGCAUCAAGCAUAUGUUUAUCUUAAUGAAUUCUCUUCACUACUUCCUUUCCAACGAUAAGCAUUAAUUAGCGAAAGGACGUUUGUGCAG